CUCCGCUUUGUCACAUGACAUCCGUUUCCCCCGUUUCUGUCCUACAGACUCAGCUGAUCUGGGGCAAGUACCAACACUAGACAAGUACUUUAACAGUGUAAAACACUAGUUUAGUCUCUUUUUUUUGCCUGCUAAUGACAAAAUAGCUGAAGGGAAAUACGGAAUGUACGGUCGCCGAACUCGCUUAAAAAAUAUGGUUGUUUAAUGUAGCCUCCCUCGCCUAACUCCUCUGUUUUUGUGAAAGAAGAGCGACGUGGUGACGGUUGAACAAGUUUAAAUUCUACUGGAAUACGUGUUUUAUUGUGUAUUUAGUGUAUGCCGAUUUGACAACUGGAUUCUACCAAUCCUCAGACCUCUUCCGUCUUUCUUUGGCAAGAGAACCCGACCAGAGCCACAAGUAGCAGCUUCCGAAAGACAGCCAGUCGUCUGAGGCAGAGUGGUGGAAGAGCUUGUCUCCGCUCGUCUGCCGGGAGAAAAACAUGCCGUCCAACAAAUCUGACGCACCCAUCACUCAGUUCAUCAACUGCAGAAUACUCCGAGACCACCGGCUGCAGAGAGAGGACCUGUGGGUGCGUGACGGGAGGAUCUUAGAUCCAGAGAAGCUGUUCUUCGAUGAGCAGGGUUACGCCGACAAGCGUGUGGACUGUGAAGGCAGCAUCAUCGCCCCGGGCUUUAUAGACGUUCAGAUCAACGGAGGAUACGGCAUCGACUUCUCUCAGGCCUCGGUGGACGUCAGCAGUGGAGUUUCUUUUGUGGCCAAAAAGAUCCUGGAGCACGGCGUGACGUCCUUCUGUCCCACUCUGGUCACCUCUCCUCCUGCUGUCUACCACAAGGUUCUGCCUCAGGUCAAAGUUCACAACGGAGGAGCGCAUGGAGCUGGAGUUCUUGGUUUUCAUCUGGAGGGCCCGUUCAUCAGCGUGGAGAAGAAAGGAGCUCACCCGGAGCAGUUCCUCCGUACCUUCCGGUCCGGAGGGAUCGAGGACCUGAUGGAGGCCUACGGCAGCCUGGACAACGUUGCCAUAGUGACGCUGGCUCCUGAGCUGGCCAGCAGCCAAUCGGUGGUGAGGAUGCUCUGCCAGAGGGGCAUCACUGUGUCCUUAGGUCACUCUGUGGCCAACCUGUCCCAAGCUGAGGAGGCUGUUCAGCACGGAGCCUCCUUCAUCACUCACCUCUUCAACGCCAUGCUGCCGUUCCACCAUCGGGACCCUGGUAUAGUGGGUCUGCUGACCAGUGAUCAGGUUCCUGCAGGCAGGACAGUCUAUUAUGGCAUGAUAGCUGAUGGGAUCCACACCAACCCCGCCGCCCUGCGUAUCGCUCACAGAGCGCACCCUUCAGGUCUGGUGUUGGUGACCGAUGCGAUCACAGCGAUGGGUCUUCCUCCUGGUCGUCACACUCUGGGCCAGCAGGUCAUCGAGAUCCAGGGCCUCCACGCUUACGUUGCAGGCACUAAGACCCUCUGCGGCAGCAUAGCCACGAUGGAUAUGUGCAUACGGCACUUCAAACAGGCUUCAGGCUGCAGCGUGGAGGAAGCUCUGGAAGCUGCCUCGCUCCAUCCCGCUCAGCUCCUGGGCGUCAGCCACAAGAAGGGAAACCUGGACUACGGAUCAGACGCAGACCUCGUUAUGCUCGAUGAUGCCCUCAACGUCAAAGCCACCUACAUUUCUGGAGAGGAGGUUUGGAGAAAAGCACCAUAGAAGAAGAAGAAGCCUGCAGAUGGAAACUGGGCUGACAGCUGGGACCUCCGGUGCCUUCGGGGGACGCUGUUUACCACAGAACCACAAAUCCGUUGAAUGUUUUAAUUCAUCAGAACGCACAGUGAACUUUACUUUCGCCACCUAACGCACGUCAGUUAAGACUCAAACAAAAAACAAAAAAAACUACUGGAUGGAUUACUGUUGAAAUGUAGUGCAGAACUUCGUGGCCCCCAGAGGAUGAUAUCUAAUGACUCUGGUGACUUUUCUUCUAGCCCCACCAACAAGUCAGAACUUCUGUUUGUCAAACACCUUUAGUUUAUGACAAGACACCUCUAAAAUACACGUACAUGACCACGACUCCCAUCAGCCUUUCGAAUAGCUUCAGCUCAGACUGAUGAAAGGUGAUUUUACAGCUGCUACAAACUGAGUCCGAAGCCCCAUUCAGACAGGGUGAAUAUUACAGGGGCAGGUGGCUGAUCAAAUAUUUACCCUCCGCCUUCGCAAUAAAAGUUUCAGCAUUUUAGCCACCGGCAGACUACUGGAGCUGGUUCUGUCAUACAUAAUGAUGCUGCAGGAAAACCAUCAUCACAGGCGGGUCUAGCAUUAUAGUUAGUGAUAUUCAUUUAGCAGUAAUUUAAUUAUUAACACUGACAGCUGCAAACUACUUAAUUGUCUCUUUCUGAAUGUUGAUUAGGCUGCUUUUACAGUCAGAAAGAGACCACGACCACCACGCAUCUCAUCGGUUCGGCUGAACAAAGACAGCGAUCCCCCCGGAACGUGAUGCUGCGACAGCCUGCAUCGUAAAGUUUAACUUCCUUCUUUGUAUGAGCUGCUGAAACUCCGUGGCAGCAAACGGCUCUGUGCAUAAACACUCAGAGAUACACGUUUGAAAUGUAAAGCGUCUCGGGACAGACAUAUGAGCUCCGACUGGAAUUAAAAUCACUGACCAGCGCAGGUGAUACUGAAACCAUCCCACCUCCCCUAGAGACAUAAAUCCCGUCCAAAUGGGGCUUUAGAUGUCCUAAAAAGGCCACCGUACAGGGGCCUUUUCCUCUAACUUCCUCUCCACAUUUCAUCCAUCCAGAAACCUUAUUUUCCGGAGCGUAACGAGCCUCGCAGGAGCGCUGCUUUGGCUGCAGAUUUGUCGUCUCGUUGGGAGUGACUUCGCUGUCGGGCAGUACUUUUGAUUUUCUUAAAAAAUAAGUUUUUAGCAAUGAUCAGCCGCCCAGUUCUGAAUCUGACUCGCAGGCCUCUCUGGGUGUGAGUGUCUUUCUGUGCAGAGAUGACGUGACAUGUGAUUGUGCACUUCCUGUCAGAGACCUGCAUCCAGACGCUUUACAGCUUAUUUUAAUCACACGUUACAUAGAUGUGAUUUAAAGGGAAACAUUUUGGUUAUUAAACUGGAUAAAUCAGCUUUCGGUGAACGUUACUGUAACAUGAUUGUUCUUCUUCAAAGCAAUAACAUUUACUUUUGUUAUAUUA